GGAGGGGGCAGGGGCCAAGCUGUUUGGGGAGGCACAGCCUUCCCUACCCGGCCCUCCAUACAGUUUUGCAACCCCAAUGUGGCCCUUGGGCCAAAAAGUUUGCCCACCCCAGCGCUAUAACAUACAAUGAGGUAAAGCAAGGGAAAGAGAUACAGCUAGUUCACUGCUGCAGCAACGGAUGAAUGCAUUAUUAACUAUCAGUCAGUAAAAUUUUGUCCCAUGCCAUACAUUUUGUAACUGGCAAAACUCUCCUUGACUUCAGUAGUAGCAGAAUUUGCUUAUUACAGCAUUCCUGGCUACUUUUAGAGCGAGUUAAUCAGUAUUACAUUGUUUUUCAUUAUUUUAAUUUAAUAUGAAUAAAAGAAAUGUAAACAGUUACACCCAGCCUCCCAACUGACCUUUGCUGAGUGGGGUAUCCUUCAUUUUAUGAUUAAUAACAAUAUUUUAUACUUAUAUUAGCACCUUCCUGCUGAGUAUUUCAAAGCACUUGACAAACACUAAUGAGUGAAGCCUCUCACUACCUUUGUGACAAAGGAAGAACUUCAUCAGUUGUAUCCUUUUGGACAUCCCAUCCCUUGCACUUGGGGAUGACAUGCAAGAUCCUGUUCUAUUUAAAUGGAUUUUAUUACAUCUUUUAUUUCUUGGCAACGCUUCUAAUGAUUAUUUAUAAAAGUCAAGUUUUCAGUUAUCCGGAUAAUUACUUGGCUCUCGAUCUUGCGCUGCUGUUCAUUAUGGCCACUCUAGAAGCAAUCCGAUUAUACUUGGGUACAAAGGGUAACCUGACAGAAGAAGAGGUUCCACUAGGGGUCAGUCUCGUGAUUACUGUUGGCAGCAUAAUGUUGUCUGUCUACUUCCUGGUGUGGGAGACUUACGUGCUAAAAGCAGACGUCAUUAUUAAUGCUAUUCUUCUUUUUACGUAUGGGCUUGAGGGACUACUACAGAUCAUAGCCAUUGCUGCAUUUGUCAGCUAAAUCUCUGCUGCUCAGAGUUGUAAGAUACAUCUGCUUCCAACAUUUCUUCAGUAAAGAGACAACAUGCAUCUUUAAAGUCUAAAAGUAUUUGGUUUCACUUUCUCCAGUGUAAAAUACUGGGAGGAAACUCAUCCUUAUAUUACAGGGUUUACUAUAGCCCUAUUACAGCACAGCCCCCCAUGAAUAACCAGCUAAAAUAUUCUGUACAGUAGCUCUGUUCCACUGUUUGACUAAAUAGUUCAUUUAGUGGCAAUGGCCCUGCUUCAGGAAAACACUUAAGUACAUGCUCCGCUUUAAGUCUGAGUAAUUCCAUUGCAGUCAAUGGGAGUGCAUCUGGGCUUAAAGUUACACACAUAAUCAAGUGUAUUCCUGCAUUGGGUCCAUGUACUGAUCUGCUGUGCCUAAAGACGUACAUGUGUAUUUAAUCAAAAUUCUGCGUCAGAUAUUUGUAUCCAAUUCAGAACAAAUGUAAACCAGCAUAUUACUCUAGUUGUAUGUUGGUGCAAUGCCAUUGAUUUUAAUGAAAUCACACUGGCAUAAAACUGGAGUAAUGCAGAGGAGAAUCAGGCCCUGUCUACAUUAAAAGAAAAUACGGUGGGCUCAGUUCUGCACUACCAGGUACAGGGUUGUAUUUGAGGGCAGAAUUUUGUCCUGUUGUUCUUAUUCUGAUCUCACUUGUGCCUUUUACACCUUCGUAACUCCACUGACUUCAGUGGAGUUAUUCUAAUUGAUACCAGUGUGUGAGAGAGCUGAAUCAGGUCUCCUAUAUGCACAAGGGAGCUGUGUUAUAGCUGUUGUGGGAACUACAGGUCCAACCACUCCUCAUUUCCUCUAAGGCCACAUCUCUGCUUUGGCAAUGUAAAGGAUGGGGCUUUUAAAUGGGCAUGAAUGUUAACGUUCCCUUUGUACUACCUGAGCAGUGUAGAAUGGCCUUUUUAUAAAUAAGAAUUAGGCCUUGAUUUUUCCUUUUGAAAGAUCAGCUUUAAUGUUAUGUAAGGUUUUUAUCGUCUCUCUAUGAUGUUAUAAAAAUAGAUACUUUCCUUUCCUGUUUGGUUAAAUCACUAUUUUAAAAUCUGUUUGACUAAAUGCAAGCUAAGAUUUUGCAGAUGACCAUGGGUUUCUGUAACAGUGUCAUCAUUGGGUUUUUUGUACAUAAUUAUAGCCUUCAUAUUCAUAUGUUUUAUUUUUGUAUCAAUUAAAAAAAUAAAGAAUUCAUUACACCCUAA